GAAAAAAAGUGAUCCUUCACCUUGACAACAGCUUCUCUGUGCGUGCGAGCGUGUUUCUCUCCCAACAAUCUCACUUCAAUAAGGGACAUCAUGUCGGAUCGCGAAUUUAGUUCGAACGAUGACCUGUCGCUUCCUAAAGCGACGGUCCAAAAAAUCAUCACCGAGAUUCUACCCCCUUCUUCCGGCCAGACCUUCUCCAAAGAUGCUCGCGAUCUCCUGAUGGAAUGCUGCGUCGAAUUCAUCACCCUGAUCUCCUCAGAAGCCAAUGACAUCAGCGAGAAAGAGGCCAAGAAAACAAUCGCCUGUGAGCAUGUAGAGCGGGCUCUGCGUGAUCUUGGGUUUGGCGAUUAUAUCCCCGACGUGCUUGCUGUGGCAGAGGAGCACAAGGAGCAGUUGAAGUCGCGAGAAAAGAAGCAAAGCAAGAUGGAGCAGAGUGGACUGUCGGAAGAGGAACUGCUACGACAGCAGCAGGAGCUGUUCCGCUCUGCUACGGAGAAGUACCACGCUGCCCCGGAGUAAAUACCUGGGUUGGGUAACUGAAUAUGAAAUGCGUUUGACUCUUGCUGGCCAUAGAGGGAACGGGCUCGGAGUUUUGUCUUUCGGCUGAAGAAUCUCGGAGUUUAGGUUGUCUGGGAUUGAAACCAUGGUUUCUGAACGGGUUGGUUGGACUUUUAUUUGUCCUUUUAAGUAUAGUUGCAUUGAUAUCUCGA